AUGGAUCUCAGAAAACCAGGGAGCCGAUCAUCUAACAACAUUGAAUUCAGAUCAACUCCGGCGUCUCCCGCUCACCGGAACCAAAACGUAGCCACCAAGGCGGCUGCUCAACGGUUGGCCAAAAUAAGCAGAAACGUCAAGGAGAAAAACAGUUCAGUGCGUUCUUCGUCGACGGGAAGGCCAUCAACGUUUGGUAAAUCAAUAGCUCCGAGUUCAUCUCCGCUUUGGAUGCCACAUAAGGCUUCGUUGAGACCUCAACGAGAUACAAGACGCUAUGGUGAAGUGCCAAUAGUGAAUUCGAGAGAUAAGGGGUAUCAGCGGGAAGCUUCAGCUCUUCGUGAUGAACUGGAUAUGCUACAAGAGGAGAAUGAGAAUGUGUUGGAGAAGCUUCACUGUGCGGAAGAAAAACGUGAGGCAGCAGAAGCCAGGGCUAGGGAGCUUGAGAAACAGGUUGCUUUUCUUGGAGAAGGAGUGUCUCUGGAGGCCAAAUUGUUAAGUAGGAAGGAAGCGGCGUUGCGCCAAAGAGAGGCUGCUCUUAAGGCUGCUAACGAGAAAGAAGAUGAGAAAAAGGAGGAACUUGUCUCCCUCCGUUCAGAAAUACAGAACAUGAAGGAUGAGGCUGUAAAAGCUGCAGAACGGCUUCAAGAAGUAGAGUCAGAAGCAAAUGAUCUUCGUACAAUGACUCAGCGAACUGUUUUAACACAUGACGAAAUGGAGGAAGUAGCCUUGAAGAGAUGCUGGCUUGCCCGGUAUUGGGGUUUGGCAGUGCAGCAUGGCAUUUGUGCUGAUAUAGCACCAUCCAGGCAUGAGAAGUGGUCAGCUUUGGCUCCUCUUCCAGUUGAGCUGGUCAUAUCUGCAGCACAAAAGGCCAAAGAGUUGUCUGGAGAUCAAGGCUAUGAUCAGACCAAAACUGAAAGAUUUUUGAGUGAACUAACUGGAGAAGGCAAUAUCGAAAGUAUGCUUUCAGUUGAGAUGGGUUUGAGGGAGCUAGCAUCCUUAAAGGUUGAGGAGGCAGUUAUGCUUGCAUUCUCCCAGAUGAGAACACCGAGUUUGGUUCGUCAAGAUUCCAAAGGGAAUGGAGAACUCAGAUUUGUAGAAGCAUAUGAACUAAAAGAAGGGGAAAAAGAAGAUGUUGCCUUUAAGCAGGCAUGGCUGCUGUACUUUUGGGCAAGAGCCAAGUUGCUCGGUGUAGAAGAAGACAUAGCUGAAGAACGUCUCCAGUUUUGGAUCAGCCGCAGCGGAGGAGCAACAUCUCCAACCUCUCACGACGCCGUCGACGUGGAACGAGGUUUGUUAGAGCUAAGGAAACUAGGAAUAGAGCAACAACUAUGGGAAGCUUGUCGCAAAGAAACCGAACACCUUCAACUAACAUCUUCUUCUCCUACCUCUACUCUCGCAACUCACAACCUCGACACUUAAUUAUCAAAAACUGUAUUGGAGAAACAUAAAGUUAUUGUAGUAACAUCUUUCAAGUCUGAAACCAAACAACAAGAAAAGAAAAGCUAAAAGUCUAACCAUUUCUGAAAAUAAACACAAGUCAUAGGAGAGAUAAGACCAUCAGGUGUACAAAUCCCUAUAUGAGGACAAACCCCACAAGGAACCAAAGCAAAAGCUCCAUCUCUCGCUUCACCACCACCACCACCACAACCCUUCUUCCCAGUCAACUUAUAACAAAUCUCACCAAUCCUCGUAGCCGAAAACCCACUAAGCCCAUUACUCUUCACCUCCAUAACAACAUUAUCCAAAACCAAGUUCUUAAGUAUCUCCCUAAUCUGCUCUCUACUCAACUGAUCCCCAUCACCACCAUCCUUAUCAAAAUACUUAUAAACAACAUCAAGAGUAACAACCUUCUUAGCCCUCUCACACCUCUCGAGUAUCUUCACACAAAUCUCCUUGAGCCCUUCGAUCUUGGAGACGUCGAGGGCUCCGUCUAUGUACCAGUCACCGCCCGUGAGCUCCUUGCAAGGCUCGAACUCGACGGCGAGGAAGUGUUUGAUGCCUUUGUUGUUCAUGUUGGGGACUUCUUUGAUGAGUUUGCUCUUCUUGAGGGAAGUGAUGGCUUUUGUGAUGAGGGAUUGUUGGAUGCUUGUGGCUGAUCUCAUCUCCGAGGUUGUUGCUCCCUUGCCUUGCUUGCUUCGGAUUAGGCCCAGGAUGUUCUUCUCGUCUUCGUUUAUUCCGGAGGAUGAUGAUUUUGGCUCUGGUCGUUUUCGUUUACUCAUCUUCGCCUAAUAAUCACAAUGAGACAAUAAAAAAAGACACGAACUAAUGUUGGAAUUUGAGACAGGGGAAGGAGAUUUUGUGAAGGGUAGAUUCAAUUUACCUUGAGA